GCUCAUGAUGCUGUCUUCCGGCCAGGCUGCCGAGUGAGUUUGGGGAGUUGCUAGUGUCUAGUGAGUGCUUUGUUUGCUCCUGUUAGGGAGUUCGCGUCUGGGUACCACACCGGCCUGGGGGCGUCUUGCCGCCGAGAGUCUUGUCUGGCGGUUGGGCCACGCCCGGACGCCCCUUGUAUGUUUCGCGGUCACUUUCCUGCGCGCUGGUGCCCUUGACGUACACGAGCCGGCCAGGCCGGGUUCCAAUCUCUGUGCCGGAGCCCAGACUGCCUCUGGCCUGUGACUCUGCUCCUGUCAUCUCUGUCUCGCUGAAGCCGAAGCUUGCGGAUGUUUUCCUACAUCACACUUCAGCCACAAUAUCUAUCUAAACUUUAGCACCGAGUAGCCACUAGGAGUACUCAGUGCAUCUUUGCGGAGUGAAAGUGAAUCAGUCCUAAUCCCAAUUCUCAUCCUGCUCUCCCUGAGUGGAUCAUCGUCAGAGGGAAACACGUUUUUGAGAGACCAGAAUUUUAAAAUUAAGUAUGAAUGGGAUGUCAGGGAUCCAGAGGACUGCCGGCUCCGCCUUCUGCGUGAAACUUGUAUAGCAUUUAUUAAAUUCUUCAUCCAGAUAAGAAAGACAUUGCUUUCACUGGUAUCCGGGAGAACCGCUUCCUAGUGAUAGGAAAAGAGAUGGAAUCUGAUCCUGAGGGUGGAAGUGGCAACCAGUAAGCCAGUUCGUGAAGCGAAUGAUGGCUGCAACAAGGGGUCCCCAGGGACAGCCAUCCUCAAGCAAGAACUCAACACAAGGACAGAAAUCAGCCCUUCGUUGCAUCAGCCCUGACUAUGAAGCUUCCUGCCAGCGCUUCUGGCAGUUCUGCUGCCAGGAGGUAGCUGGCCCCCAUGAAGCUUUUAGCACACUCUGGGAACUCUGUUGUCAGUGGCUGAGGCCUAAGACACACUCAAAAGAGCAAAUCCUGGAGCUGCUGCUUUUGGAGCAGUUCCUCACCAUCUUGCCAGAGGAGAUCCAGACCUGGGUGAGGAAGCAGCAUCCAGAAAAUGGUGAAGCAGCUGUGGCCCUGGUUGAGAAUGUACAGAGAGUACCUGGGCAACAGGUGAGAAAAGAAAAUAAGAACCUGUGGUUCUGGUUAUCAAGAAGUUGGGGUGGACAAAAAAGAAAAAAACAAAACAAUAAAAAUAGAGUCUUCGCUUCCCUGCACAUCUCCCCUGUUCACCACUUUCUCUUAUGUGGCCUAAUGCCCUCAGGGAUUUGCACCAGUAUGGAGACAGCACGUGUGCUGUGGGGCUAUGAGGAGACCGAGAUGCUCCUAGUCAUUGUCAGUAAUUCUCAAUUUCAUGAAAAAGUCCAGACCCGUCAGCAGAGCAGCCAAAUCUACAGAACACUCCAGCCGCAGGGCUUUCUGCGGACCCCAGAGCAGUGUCGCAUGAAGUUCAAAGGCUCAUGGUCAGGUUACUGCGAAGUCAGGAGAGACCAAGUACCGGAGCCUUGUAUCUUUUAUGAGGAUAUGGAUGCCCUUUCAAGCUCCUCUUCACCUCCUGGGACAAUCGAUCCUACUCCUGACCAAGAGGGAAGUGACAUGGGAUCUGGAGAGCAGAGUCAGCAGAACGGGCGCCCCUCACAGGUGGAAGAAGCUGCCACUGGGGAUGGUGCAGCUGGAGAUGAAAAGGAUAUCACGUAUCCUGGCCAGGAGGUUAGAGGAGCUGACCUGCCCGUCCUGUUCCCAAACAGACUUGGUUUUGAGAUCAAGAAUGGGAUUAAAAAAGAGAAUCCAAAAUAGGAUGAUUCAGAAGAAGUGAACAAGCCUUUACAGAGAAAGUCUAGUGGAGAAGUUUUCUGGCACUCUAAGCUCAAAACAGGCUGGGAGGGUGAGCUAGUGUCAAGACGACAACGUAGACAUUUUUCAGGGGAGAGUGAGGAAAGAAUCCAAUUCCAGGAUAGGAUGAGUCACUAGAGUCUUCGGAAUGAGGAACAGCCUUGGACACAUCCCUUGUGUGGAAGAAACUGCUCUCAGAGCUCUCACUGCUCUCACCACCAGCCAGUCCCCGAACUAGAAAAGGCUUGUAAAUGUCAUGCAUGUGGGAAAAACUUUAGCCAAGGUUCUUACCUUGUUUGGCAUCAGAGAAUCCACACAGGAGAGAAGCCUCACAAGUGCAGUGAAUGUGGGAAAGGCUUCAGUGUGCGCUCCAACCUCACUACCCACCUAAGGACUCACACAGGGGAGAGACCCUACCAGUGUGGGGAAUGUGGGAAAAGCUUCAACCAGCGCUCCAGCCUCAUUGUACACCAGAGGGCUCACACGAGGGAGAAGCCCUAUCAGUGCACUGGGAAGAGAUUCAAUAACAGUUCCCAGUUUAGCUCGCACCAGAGGGUUCACACCAGGGAGAGCCCGUACAAGUGUGCGCAGUGUGGGAAAAGCUUCAAUAACAGCUCCCACUUCAGUGCCCGCCAGAAAACCCACAUUGGGGGAAAGCCUUACAAGUGCUCUCAGUGUGAGAAAAGCUUUACUAAGAACUCUGCCCUUAUCCGCCAUCAGGAGGUACACAUAGAAGAGAUACAUCAUAGGAAGGAAGAAAUGUGCUGAGUGUGCAGAAACUGAACAUAUCAAUUUCAACAUGUGUUUCUUAGAGCUUCUGCUGUGGAGAGUGAUACUAGCCAAUCCCUGGAUUAGCUAUUGACAACUGGAUCUCAAGAACCAUAUCCAGGAAGAGGAAUUAGCCUAAAAAUACUCUAAAUCAGCCUAAAAACCCUCUUUCCAUCUCUGCCUAUGGUUCAAGUCCUACAGCGGUUUUCUAUCUUGCUUUGAAGGAGAGAACGCUAUAGGACCAUUAGUCCUGCCAGGAAACUACAGUAUCCUUGUUCUGAACAGAGAACAGGUGACUAGUGGCCUGAGAACUCUUUCUGGGCAACAUCAGAGAAUAAAUUCUCCCCUUUCAUGGGGAGCACAUCUAGAAGUUUAACAACCUGGAUCUAUUCUAAACCAAUAAUUGAACUCUGGGACCUACUGUUACCUCCAAAUCAGAUAAAAUUCUGUAACCAACCACCACCAGAAAGGGAACAAAGGAAAGAAAGGAUAGGUUAAAUCACUGGAUAAUACUAAAUCUAAGUGACUUAAGACUUAAUCUUAGAGGAAGCAUAACAUCUAGUUUGAUCUUUGUAAGAUUUCUCAUCUUACCAUCACUCCAUCCCAGUUCCAGGUUUCUAGUCUCUUACAGAAAACUGUUUCCACAAAUUUAUAAGAAUCGCUAUUUCUAAUGAGAAUAAAGGUGUUUCUCUCUCUACUUCCUUGGCCUUUGUAAUUUUCUCAAGCAGAAGCUUAACACUCAUGUAGAAGCCUGCAGGGUCCUGAAGAGGAUCUAAGGCUAGAACCUGCUUCAGGGCACUAGGACAUGCCAAGAAGGAAUAAGGGGCAGGAAAUGGGGAGAGGAGUAACUGAACUGGGCAAGAAAGGUUUGAGCUAUCACUGAGAAGGAAGAUCACAAGGCAUAAGGAAAGUAAAGGGCCUACUGGAGGCUAUAACUAGGUGAAAGGCGGGGUAAGUGUGAGGAACCCUAAAAGACAACGUUAAAAUGUACUGAUCUGGAACAAAGCAUCAGUAUUUAAGCUUUUGCAAAAUCUUCAUGGAUAAAAAGUACUAAAAUAUGGGUACAUAUUUUCCAUGUAUAUCGACCAGUGAAAGUCAAUAUACAUGCUAAGGCAGUGGAGAUGCUCAAUGAGGCCUCCCUAGCAGGCUUCUCCCACACCUGGGUCGGCUGUAGCCAAGGAAACUGGAAUGCAACUGCAUUUUUAGGUUGCCUCCACCUCUAAAUGUUUUAUUCUCCAGUCUGAUGUGAAGAAAAGUCACAAGUACUAGAGCUCGCAACACUUGCCUGUCUGUUACUCUGGAUGGUCUGGAGUAGACAGGUAAGAAUUGGAGAAUACAUUCAUUUAGGAAAUAUUUGAUUGCCUGUAAUAUACCAGGUAUUGUAGGAGCUAGAUACAAACCAGUGAACAAAGUAUGCACUGUAUCUUCCUGAACAAUCCUCAUUGGACCCCUCAGAAAUACCAGUGCUAGUCAGGCAGCACCACCUGGCCAACAAUCCCCUAAAAUCUGAAUGCCAGCUCUGCAGGGCCUCUCUUCUAAGCUUUGAAGUUCUGGUCAAUGUUUCCUCCCAACCCCAUGUGUGGUACCUGCUUCCUAGUUAUGAUCUCUGUUGCCUUAGUGUUUAUCUCCCAUUGCCUAAUGAAGCCUAAUACUACAUUACCCUCUUGAGAAUGAAACUGAAGUAGGUUUUACAAAAGUUAACACCCACAAGUCUAUAGACUUCCUCAAAUGUGUAACAUUACCUGCUUGGUUGGGUUCAGCCAUUCAGAUAUGCAUUAAAAAGGCAGGUUUUGGGCCGGCCGAGUGGCGUGAUGGUUA